AUGCGUGUCCUAUUGGUACUACUACUUGUUUUAUUCUCCAAUGUCGCUUGCUCUGGAUUUCUAGAAAUCCGCUUGAAAAGCGAGUAUCGUCUAGUGACGACCGUAGUCUUGAGCAAAGGAGACAACCCGACAUACCUGGCUCUUCCAACUAUAUUGCAAGCUGGAAAAGUGAAAAAGCUCGGACCAUUCCCGGUGGAUUUCAAUGAAAACUCUACGUUUAUUAUUUUGGGUGAUCGAGUGGACCAACUUGGUAUCAACUCAUCUACUUACACAUCUUAUCUUUCACCUACUCGUGGAAUCUUGUCACCAAAGCAACUUUAUCUUCCUAUCAACGGACUAGAGCUCAUUUUUGAAUGUGAUGAAAACUGGACUGGUACUAAAUGUGAUGUUAGAUGUUCUGAAAGCUGUGAUUCUUCAAAGGAACAAGAGCGAAAUGAGAUGAUCAUAACCACAGAAUAUUCCAUUGAUACCACUAAACUACCAGAGAUUGUGAAACGAUUGAAACAGACGACAAGAGUGGAUAAUGAGAUUCUGAAGGAGCUGGAGAAGCCUCGGACGAAAGACGUUCUUGGAACACCACCGCCGAAAAGGGAUUCUCCAAAAUCGUUGAUUCUUGACCUGUUCAAGGGCAUUUUUGAUCACAGCUUUGCCAAAGAAGCAUCUUCUACAGAUGAUAUACCCAUUUUCAUGAGCAUUGGAAGGGAUGAUGAUGGACCAUCGUCUUUCGAACCACUUUCCAACCCAAUCUCAAUGUUUUCAAAGAUGAUAAUGAAGAAGCAUGAGUCAAAGGGAUCCUUGUCAAAAGAAAUCGAGAGACACUCCAACGUUCAGAAGUCAUUAGGAUUUCGGCAUCAGAAGCCAUCACGAUUCGACAGUUGGGAAGGUCCAAGGGAAGGAAUGGGAGCCAUGCCGUUGUUUGGACAACUGAUGAGCAUAAUGCCACGAAUGGGAAGAAGCGUUGCUGCUGAAAAAGAAGGUUCUGAAGCUCUAGAACUUGCACUGGAUCAAGUGAUCAGAACAUAA